CAAGUGUCGCGAUGUUGUCAAGUUUCUGUUGUCUACAUUUCUUUUCUAUGUGUGGUUUGUGCCUUUAUAUUUUCUCUCAUGUUAUAGCAGCUUGCCAUACUCCUCGAGUUUGUCUGACUGACAGCUGUUUUGAAGGCUUUGAGCUGCUUUUCGGAGACUGUUUUGCAGAUCUCAUGCUGGAGUUCUUUGACGGUAAAGAAGAGGAGAGGAGGAGACCGACUGAACACACAGUCCCAGGAAUGUUUCUUUUCUCACCCACAGGACCUCUGAUUGGCUGCCUGCUCCUCGCUGAGGAACAGCCCACUUCCUCCACAUGCCAGUAGUUGUAUUUUAACCUCUCUAGCACUGUGCAGGCUUUCUCCACAAACCAUGUGAUCAUUUGCGCUUGUCUGAGUUUUGCAGGCUCUUCUUUUAUCAGCUCACAUCCCGACUUGUGCUGGAAUAGUCUGGACAGCUGGAUGCAGUGAUAAGGGUCUGCACAGUGAAAGCAGGAGGAGUGACAGUAGUACAGACUUCAUACAGUUCACACAAUACAGACAUGUUUUCUGUCAGGGCUGCUGUGCUACGGCGAGGGGUCUUGAUGUACAGGUGGGACAGAUGCUGUGCACUUGCAACAGUUGUGUCUGGAAACAAGACCUCACAGCAGGUGAAGCAGCGGCUGAAGGAAGAGGUGGAGCAGAUGAAGAGUCAGUUUCCAGGCUUCAGGCCAGGCUUGGUGGUGCUGCAGGUCGGAGACAGAGAAGACUCAAACCUCUACAUCAGUAUGAAGCUCAAAGCGGCGGCCGAGAUUGGAAUCAACGCGAACCACAUCAGGCUUCCCGAAACAGCCACUGAAAAUGAAGUUCUGCGCAGCAUAGUUGCGGUGAAUGAGAAUCCUGCGUUUCAUGGGCUUAUUGUGCAGCUGCCUCUCGACUCCAUCAACCCAAUAAACACUGAGAAAAUCACCAAUGCUGUGGCUCCAGAGAAAGAUGUUGAUGGCUUGACCAGUAUAAAUGCGGGGAAGCUGUCUCGUGGAGACCUAGGCGACUGCUUCAUCCCAUGCACUCCUAAUGGCUGUAUGGAGCUUAUCAGUCAGACCGGUGUGAGUGUGAUGGGGAAGAAUGCUGUCGUGAUCGGCCGCAGCAAGAUUGUUGGAGCUCCAAUGCACGAUCUGCUCUUGUGGAGCCACGCAACAGUGACCACCUGCCACUCGAAGACCCCUGACCUCGCCGAACAGGUGGGCAAAGCAGAUAUUUUGGUUGUGGGUGCUGGCAGAGCAGAGAUGGUGAAGGGCGAGUGGGUGAAGGAGGGGGCCGUGGUCAUUGACUGCGGCAUCAAUCAUAUACCAGAUGAGAGUAAAGCCAGCGGGAAGCGGGUGGUGGGUGAUGUGCAUUACCCCUCGGCUAAACAGCGAGCUGGAUUCAUCACCCCAGUGCCUGGUGGAGUCGGACCCAUGACUGUGGCCAUGCUGAUGAAGAAUACAGUUGAAAGUGCGAAGAGGUUUCUGCAAACACACACUCCAGGCAAGUGGAACUUAGUGUACACAAAGAAGAGACCCCAUGAGCCUCAGCCCAGCGAUGCUGCAAUCUCCUCUUCAUGUGAAAGCAAACCAGUCGUUCAGCUUGCCAGAGAAUUGGGUUUGUUUUCUGAUGAAGUAGAGUCAUACGGCAGGAGCAGGGCUAAAAUCCGACUGGAUGCAUUGAAGCGCAUGGAGAAACAGCCUAAUGGGAAAUAUGUGGUUGUCACUGGAUUUACUUCUUCUCCGAUGGGUGAGGGAAAGCGCACCACUACUCUCGGACUGGCUCAAGCUUUAGGGGCUCACCUGAAUACCAACGCUUUCGCUUGUGUUCAAAAGUCCUCACUGGAAACCUGUUUUGGUGCUAGAGGGCCAGCUCUUGGAGGAGGAUACUCUCAAAUUAUCCCACUGGAGGAGGUCAGCCUUCAGCCUUCAGGCCAGAAUGAGCUCGUCUCUGCUGCCGGUAGACUGGUGAUGGACACUGUUAAAGCACAUGCUCACUAUGAGACCAAACUCUCGGAAAAGGCUUUGUUUGAUUUGUUGGUUCCUCUCAGAGAGGGUCAAAGGUGCAUCUCCUUGGCUCAGCUUAAUCGACUGAAGAAACUGGCCAUUGAGAAAUUUGACCCCUUGACCUUCACAGAGAGGGAGAUAAGACGUUUUGUUCAAUUGGACAUUGACACAGACUCUGCAACGGAUUCAUUCUCCUUGGAAAAUGAGAUCAUGGCUGUCCUGUCGCUCAGCAGCAGUGAGGAGGAGAUGCAGCGCAGACUGGCCAACAUCAUAGUAGCCACAAACAAAUCUGGAGAUCCUAUCACUACCGAGGAUUUAAAUGUCAGUGGUCCUUUGGCCAUGUUAUUGAAAGAAGCCCUGAAACCUGUCUUGAUGCAAACUGUCGAGGGUACACCAGUGUUUCUUCACACCAGCCCAUUAGUCGAUGUUGCCCAAGGCGGUCCUUCCAUUCUGGCAGACAAAAUGGCUUUAAAAAUGGUUGGAUCAGAAGGAUUUGUAGUCACUGAGUCGGGUCAUGGAGCUGAUGUUGGCUUGGAGAAGUUUUUCAACAUUAAAUGUCUCUACUCUGGUCUUCAGCCAGAUGUGGUAGUGAUGGUGGCAACUAUUCGUACAUUGAAGAUGCACGGCGGAGCACCUCCUAUCCAAGCAGGUUUGCCCAUUCCAGAAGAGUAUUUACAGGAGAACCUCAAGCUGCUGGAGAGAGGCUGUUGUCAUAUGAGGAGGCAGGUGGAAAAAGCACAAUCAUUUGGUUUACCGGUGAUCGUAGCUGUCAACAAAUUCAGCUCUGAUAGUGACGCUGAGCUGGACCUGGUGUGUGGCCAGGCGAAGCAGGCUGGUGCCUUUGAUGCAGUGCAGUGCAGCAGCUGGUCUGAAGGGGGCGCUGGAGCUUUGGCUCUGGCCGAAGCUGUUCAGAGAGCAGCAAAACUACCUGGCCGCUUCAGGUUCCUCUAUGAUUUGCAGACUCCAGCCUCUGAUAAGUUAAGGACUGUAGCACAGAAGAUGUACGGUCUGAAAGACAUCAAGCUGUCACUGAAAGCAAAGGAAAAACUUGCACUUUAUUCAAAACAGGGCUUUGAAAAUUUGCCAGUUUACAUAGCCACGACACCGCUGUCUAUGAGUAAUGACCCCAUGAUGAAGGGAGCGUCAACUGACUUCAUGCUGCCCAUAACUGAUAUCAAAGUCAAUGCUGGAGCAGGUUUCCUCUGCUGUCUGACUGGCUCUACAAAUGCAGAAAUGGAGGAUCCCAUGUGGCCCUGUUUCCAUGGCAACAACCUUUACAGUGACAGCAAGUAGCUCAGUUGUUACUUGCUAAGGCGGGCAAGCUGAUAUUGGACUAAUUAUAAGUCAAUCAAACUUUUAAUAAUUGGAAAGAAACUCUACUUACUUAACAUGGAUAAAUGUUUUUAAACCUAGGCUUCUCAUGCAAAGCAAAAGAAAAUGUUUUACUGUAAUCACUGUACAAGUGCUGGUUUUUAUUCACUGUUAAGCCUCUUAUGCCAAAGCAACUAAUUAUUUAACAUCUUUUUAUUGCACUAUAAAUGACUAAACUGAUAAAUUAUAUUGUGUGUUUUAAAUGGA